CUGUCUUAUCUCCGAUCUCCGACGUAAAUAGAAGACUUUUCUGCGAUUGGAUUGGAAAUUGGAAUGCAAGUUUCGAAUGUAAUUUUGUGAUAUUAUGUAGUGUAUAGUUUACCUUGUACGAACUGAAAGAUUGUGUCGAUCACGCAUAACUAAUUAGUAAGUAUGUCUUGACAGUUUUCAAAUUCAAUUUCAAUGGCAUGAGGUAUAUUUGAUUUAAUUCGCAAUAACCUUUGGUUCGAUAUAUCCAAAUUGCAGUGUCGGUCAUCCUAUAAUAUAGAAGUAUUCAACGUGUAUUCGUCGGCGUAUUUACCUGGUAGCGAGAACGUCUGAUAACCAUAACAAUGGAUGAUCUGGCGAUUGGGAUAGAUUUAGGCACUACGAACUCUUGUGUUGGUGUUUUCCGCAAUGGGAAAGUUGAGAUUAUCGCAAACGAUCAAGGGAACAGAACGACGCCGAGUUACGUUGCUUUUACUGACGAAGAAAUCUUGAUUGGAGAGGCCGCCAAAAAACAAUCUACUAGAAAUUUACGUAAUACUGUUUACGAUGUCAAAAGAUUGAUGGGUCGUGAAUUCUACGAUGAUGCAGUUCAGGCCGAUAUUAAGCAUUGGCCUUUCCAGGUCAUUAACGAUGAUUACAACCCUAAAAUCCAAGUUGAAUUCAAAGGUUGUUCCAAAACGUUCUGUCCCGAAGAAAUCUCUUCGAUGGUGUUGCGAAAAAUGAAAGAAACAGCCGAAGCUCAUUUGGGCCAAUCAGUUACAAAAGCUGUAAUCACUGUACCAGCUUAUUUCAAUGAUUCUCAAAGAUCGGCUACAGUUGAUGCCGCCAAAAUUGCCGGCUUAAAUGUGUUACGUAUCAUUAACGAACCUACUGCUGCCGCCCUCGCUUAUGGUUUGGAAAAAAAAGUCUCCGGCGUGCAAAACGUGCUAAUUUUCGAUCUCGGUGGUGGAACAUUCGAUGUCUCUGUUUUAACCAUUCAAGAUGGUAUUUUCGAAGUAAUUUCAACCGCCGGUGAUACUCAUUUGGGCGGUGAAGAUUUUGACAACACAAUGGUCGAUUAUUUCGUCGAAGAAUUCAAACGUAAAUAUAAUCAAGAUGUCACCGAAAACAAGAAAGCUCUACGUCGCCUGCGAACUGAUUGCGAAGGAGCAAAGAGAUCUCUAUCAUCAGCCGUUAAAGUCGAUGAUAUCGAAAUUGAGCACAAUGGCAUUGAUUUCUGCAGUUCGAUCUCUCGUGUUCGUUUUGAAGAAUUGAACUCCGAUUUUUUUCGAAGAAUAAUGGAACAGGUUGAAAAAGCGAUCGAAGAUGCUAAAAUCGAUAAAAACCAAAUUGAUCACGUCGUGUUAGUUGGAGGCUCGUCUCGCAUCCCCAAAAUACACAAAAUGUUGCAAGAAUUUUUCAACGGAAAGGAAUUGAACAAAUCCAUAAAUCCAGAUGAAGCUGUAGCAUACGGAGCUGCCGUCCAAGCCGCCAUACUAAAUGGCGACGAGUCGAAGGAAGUGCAAGAUAUUGUGUUAUUCGACGUUACGCCAUUGUCUUUGGGUAUUAGUGUUGGAUUUGAUUGUAAAAUGAGUGUGAUAAUUGAACGUAACACUCAGAUUCCAGCUAGAAGAACUGUAAAAAGAUACAGAACCUUGCGUGAUAAUCAAACCAAGGGUCUUAUUGCAGUUUAUGAAGGUGAAUAUGCUAUAACUGAGAACAAUCAUUGGCUUGGUGAAUUUGUUCUCACCGAUAUUCCUCCUGAACCCGCUGGCGUAGCUAAAGUUGACGUAACGUUCGAAAUCGAUAGUAAUGGUAUCUUAAACGUGGCUGCUGUUGAAAACUCGACUGGUAAUUCUAACCAGCUAACCAUUCAGUAUGAUAAAGGCCGUCUUAGCAAGGAAGAAAUUGAGCGUAUGAUCGAGGAUGCUGAAAAAUUGCGAGCCGAAGAAAAAAACCGCAAAGGUGCAUUAGUCGCCAAGUUAGCUUUAGAAUCGUACUGUGUUGAGGUGAAAAGCGUCGUGCAAGAUAAAAAAUUGAAUUAUAAAAUGGAUAAAUUCGAUAAAGACAUGAUUUUGAAAAAAUGCGAAGAAACCAUUACCUGGUUGAAUUCCGACUUGCCUGCUGAAAAAGAUCUAUUCGAGCAUAAGCUAGCAGAAUUACAACAAAUAUUCGAUGUGAUCAUUUCAAUAGCCCGCUGCCCUAGUGGAAAAAACGACAAAUAUUGUGAAAUACUAAACGUACCAAAAAAUGCCUCCCAAGAUGAAAUUAAGAAAGCCUUUAGAGAAAAGGCUUUCAAAUAUCAUCCCGACAAGUACAAAGGAGACAAGGAAGUAGGAAAAAUGUAUUGGCUGACCUAUGGGAGAGCAAAAGAUUACCUCAUCGACAUAGUGACCGGGAUGUUUCGUCGAAGCACAAUUUCGUAAAAGUGUUCUUUAGAUUGAAUCAUAUAGGAACCUACUUCCCCGGUUUCCCGAUUACAACGCGAUAUUUUUCAACUUGAGAUUUUGAAGGUCAAUGGUGUUUUAUGAUAGGUUCAAUCGGCGGUAUAUGUGAUAAAUUAUUGAUAAAUCAGAUUUUGUUUGUUGAAAUUGAAUGUGUAUUUUGCUAUGUUUUUUUUAUUUUGCUUUAUUUUCACUAAUGUGCUGGUUUUUUGUGUGUUCAUUGUUCAAAAUAUGUACCUAUAGAUAAUAGGAUGGUCACAGUGAAUUAAAAAUUCACUUAAAAGUUGUGUGUGUGAUAUUAUAAGUAAGAAGUACGUAUUAAUACCAAGAAUAUAUUAUUGUUUAGUUGGCAGCUACGUCAGUAUCUGAGAACGCAGGAUAAAUUUUUUACUUUUCUACAACACCUACUUUUACCUUUGUUAAGCAAUUACCUACCGUUGAUUUUGAUUCGUAU